GCCGGCUGGAGGGUCCUUUCUCUGCCUCACUGCUGAGGAGGAUUAGCAGCCAGCAUGCCGACUGUCGGAGUGAAAAGAGAUCUUCUGUUCAAAGCUUUGGGCAGAACAUACACUGAUGAGGAGUUUGACGAGCUGUGCUUUGAAUUUGGUCUGGAGCUGGAUGAAAUUACCUCAGAGAAGGAGAUAAUCAGCCGAGAGCAGGGUGACUCCAAGGCCUCAGGGGCGUCUGAUGUCAUCCUGUACAAGAUCGACGUACCAGCCAACCGCUAUGACCUGCUGUGUCUGGAGGGCCUGGUCCGUGGACUGCAGGUCUUCAAGAACAAGUUGGAGGCACCUCGCUACAGACGAGUUAGCCCCGUCAGCGGGGAGCCCCAGAGGCUGAUUAUUACUAAGGAGACGGCGGCAGUGCGACCCCACGCCGUGGCAGCGGUGUUGAGGAACAUCACCUUCACACAGGAGCGCUACGACAGCUUCAUCGAGCUGCAGGACAAACUCCACCACAACGUCUGCAGGAAGAGGAGCCUGGUGGCCAUCGGGACUCAUGACCUGGACACCGUCUCCGGUCCUUUCACGUACACGGCCAAACCUCCGGGAGACAUCAGCUUCAAACCCCUCAACCAGAGCAAAGAGUACACGGCCACCCAGCUCAUGAGCCUCUACAAGACAGACAGCCACCUGAAGCAUUUCCUUCACAUUAUUGAGGACAAGCCUUUGUACCCCGUCAUCUACGACAGCAAUGGUAUCGUCCUGUCCAUGCCUCCCAUCAUCAACGGUGACCAUACAAAAAUCUCCCUGAAGACGAAGAACGUCUUUGUUGAGUGCACGGCCACAGACCUGACCAAGGCAAAGAUCGUGUUGGACAUGAUGGUGACCAUGUUCAGCGAGUAUUGUGCUCAACCUUUCACGGUGGAGGAGGCUGAGGUUGUGUACCCAGACGGAAAGACCUGCAAAUACCCAGAGCUCGCUUACAGGAAGGAGAAGUUGUCCAGCGAGUUCAUCAACAGAAAAGUUGGCAUCAACGAGUCAACGGAGAAAAUCGCCCAGCUGCUGACCAAGAUGUGCCUGCGCUCCGAGGUCACAGGCGUUGGCGACGAGAUCGAAGUCGAGAUCCCGCCCACUCGCUCCGACGUCAUCCACGCCUGUGACAUCAUGGAGGACGCCGCCAUGGCUUUUGGAUUCAACAACAUCCCCUACACCACGCCACGCACCUACACCAUCGCCAAUCAGUUCCCAGUGAAUAAGCUGACAGAGCUGCUGAGACAAGACCUGGCAGCUGCUGGAUUCACGGAGGCCCUCACCUUUGCCCUAUGUUCUAAAGAAGAUAUAGCAGACAAGCUUGGAAAGAAGAUCUCAGAGACCGGAGCGAUUCACAUCGCCAACCCCAAGACGGCGGAGUUCCAGGUGGCGCGCACAACCUUGCUGCCCGGCCUGCUGAAGACCAUAGCUGCCAACAGGAAGAUGCCCCUUCCCCUCAAGCUGUUUGAGAUAUCUGACGUGGUGCUAAAGGACGACACCAAAGAUGUCGGGGCGAGGAACAGCCGGCGUUUCUGUGCCGUUUACUACAACAAGAGCCCCGGCUUCGAGGUGAUCCACGGCCUGCUGGACCGGACCAUGCAGCUCCUGGAUGUGAAGCCGGCCCGCGGGGACGGAUACCACAUCCAGGCUUCAGACGAUUCCACCUUUUUCCCCGGUCGCUGCGCGGAGAUCUUUGUCCGUGGGAAGAGCGUGGGGCGUCUCGGCGUCCUCCACCCGGACGUCGUCAACCGCUUCGAGCUGACCAUGCCCUGCUCCGCCCUGGAGAUGGACAUCGAGCCCUUCCUUGGCCACACUGCGGAAACCACCCUCUCACACAACGUCCCCAUGCAGGAAGUCGUCAAGCACAAGUUCCCCACGCGGGCCGAACCCCCUCGGGCGCCGUCUUCCCGUCCGACCUCUACUAAAACUGUGUUCGGUGACGUGAGCGCGGCGGCCGGCCUUAAAGCGCUCAAUGAUUUUCUGGCGGACAAAAGCUACAUGGAGGGAUUCGCGGCGUCCCAGGCGGACGUGGCGAUGUUCGACGUCAUCCCCUCUGCCCCCGCCGCGACCUUCUGCCACCUCACACGCUGGUACAACCACAUCAAGACCUUCCAGAGGGAGAGAGACAACCUCCCAUUGGCUGAGAGACAGUUUGUCCUCCCUGAUCUGACAAACGAUGACGAAGAAGACGAAGACGACGACAUUGACCUCUUUGGCUCGGAUGACGAGGCCGAGAGCGCCGAGGCGGACAGAAUCAAGGAGCAGCGCCUCGCCGAGUACGCCGCCAAGAAGUCCAAGAAGCCGGCGCUCAUCGCCAAGUCCUCCAUCCUGCUGGACGUCAAGCCCUGGGACGACGAGACGGACAUGGCCGAGCUGGAGGCGCGCGUCCGCAGCGUCGCCAUGGACGGGCUGCUCUGGGGUCAGUCCAAGCUGGUCCCCGUGGGCUACGGCAUCAAGAAGCUCCAGAUAGGAUGCGUGGUGGAGGACGACAAAGUGGGCACGGACCUGCUGGAGGAGGCCAUCACCGCCUUCGAGGAGUAUGUUCAGUCCGUGGACGUGGCCGCGUUCAAUAAGAUCUGAAUCCUACGGACACGCAGUAAUUUAACAGAAUGGUACCAGCUGGUGUUUUUACUGGUUUUUGGUUAAGAUAAUAAU